AUGAGCACGAAGGACCAGCAGACGAUCACGAAGAUUCAGGGCGAGUGGGCCAAGAUCGAGGCUCUGCAGGAAGAGAAGGUCAAGCUCGCUGAGCGGUUGGAGCGGAUCGUGAACCGCGCGCGAGAGCGAGGACGACACGAGUGGAAGAAGGUCGGCGGUAUCGACAUCGAUGAGCUGGAGACGGAUGUUAAGCUCGGCGAUCUCGGUGGCGCAGACCUUGUUCUUCCUCCGCAGGGGCUCGGCAGCGGACACGAUGGAAGAAAGGACAAGCGCAAAGGGAAGGGCACCGUCCCUCUCGCGAUCCAGAUCAGCUCGGCGGGCAGCUCUCUCGGCAUUCCCUCUCCGGCCGGUACGCCAGGAGGCAGCCGCAGCGGCAGUGUCGGACGCGGCGGUGGGCGGAGGAAGGAACAGCAGCAACAGCAGGAGGUCGAGGUGCCUGCCGCGGACGACAUGGAGGUCGAGGGCGAGGUCGAGCCCGACGACGCGCUGUACUGCUUCUGUCAGCAGAAGAGUUACGGCGAGAUGAUCGGCUGCGACAACGGCAAGUGCCCGUACGAGUGGUUCCACGUCAAGUGUGUCAACAUGUCUGGACCCCUCCCCGACACCUGGUACUGUCCCGAGUGUGUCACAAAGUUGGGCCUCGCCAGUAGUGAUGGCAAGGUCCAGAAAGACCGCAAGGGACGGAAAAAGUAG